AUGCGAUCUCGACAACUUCUGCUGUUGAUUGGCCUGCUGACGGUUGCUGGGCUUUCAAUAUCCUAUCUCAGGGGCUCUCGUCUCCCUCAUACAGUUCUGCCUCUCCCUGGAUCAAGCCCACAAAGCCCAACCCAGCCGCAGUCUCCUGGGCCCGCAUCGCAGAAGCCAGAGACCCCUCAUAUUGGGCCCGGGCACCCAAUAUGGAUGCUUAUCAAGGAUGCAGAACUGGAAUUUGAAAAGAAGCUGACGGGUCAAUCGAAGACACUCGAUGCUGCCGUGGUAGAGUACCGACGACGUUAUGGCAUCCCUCCCCCGCCGAAUUUCGACAAAUGGUACGAGUUUGCGACCAAAAAGGGCAUUCAGUUGAUCGACGAAUACGAUUCCAUCCAUCACUCCUUGUUGCCUUUCUGGGCGCUGAAACCCUCAGCCAUAAGAAACCGGGCACAGGAGGCCUUGGGAUAUGAUGCAAAUAAUUUAAUAGGGGCCUUGAUAAGGAACGGCAAGAUCACCAAGAUUGCUGGGGGAGGGGAGUGGCAAAUGAACGCUACGGAGGGCAUGAUGAAGGAGUUUAUAAAGUACCUACCCGACAUGGACCUUGCAUUCAAUAUCCACGACGAACCUCGGGUGGUGGUUCCCCACGACGACCUUGCGAGAUUGGUGAAGAUAGCGAACGAGGUGACAUUGCCCGCCGCGAAUGCAGUUUCCACGCCGCGAAAUUCGUGGUCAUCAAGCCCAUCAGAUCUCGGUGAUGGAACACGCUUUGAGGAUAUCAAGACAACUCGAUUCAACGUUUUCGCACAUCAGCCUACCUGGACCAAUUCGAGACUAUCCUGCCCGCCAGACAGUCCUUCACGCUCUCUCGAAGACGGCCCGAAGGAGGACAAUAUCCAGAGCUAUGCAACUGGAGAGUUGGGGUUUGUCUACAAUCAGACUGCCCUCUCUGACAUAUGUCAGUCGCCAUCUCUCAGCCACACUUACGGCUUCUUCGACCGCCCAAAUGCCUAUAAUAUAGUCCACGAUCUAUUCCCCAUCUUUUCACAGUCGAAAAUAUCCUCCUACCAAGAUAUCAUAUAUCCGUCCCCGUGGUAUUGGUACGGAAAAGUAGCGUACGACGAGGCCGAAGACAUGGACUGGGCAGAAAAAGAAGGCAAGAUUUACUGGCGAGGUUCGACAACAGGUGGCUUUAGCCGGGAUGGGGGAUGGAGACGGCAGCACCGGCAGCAUGUUGUGAAAAAGGUGAACGCUGUCGAUCAAGCCAAGAUUCUCGUCAAUCGCGGCGAGAGCGAAACUAAGGAAGACUGGCAAGUGAAAGAAGUCCCUCGCAGCGACUUUCGCGAACUCUUCGAUAUUUACUUCUCCCACAUCGGGCAAUGCGAUGACCAUGACUGUAACGCCCAAAAGGAAUUCUUUGACAUAAAGGAAGCAGCUAAGCAGCAAGACGCCUGGAAAUACAGAUAUCUUCUCGACAUGGAUGGGAACGCUUUCAGUGGCCGAUUCUACGCGUUUCUCAAGAGUAAGAGUCUAGUGUAUAAGCUGGCCAUUUUCAAGGAAUGGCAUGCGGAGUGGCUCCAGCCGUGGGUGCAUUAUAUCCCACUGAGUCUACGGGGUGAUGAGUGGGUCGAGGCGGUUCGGUGGUUUUCGAGUGAGCCGGCGGGGAAGACGGAGGCCAAGCGCCUUGCGCUUCAGGGAAGGGAUUGGGCCAAUAAGGUAUUGAGGAAUGAAGACCUAGAGGUUUGGUUUUUUAGAUUGUUACUAGAAUAUGGGAGACUAGUCGACGACGACAGAGAGAUCAUAGGGUAUACAGGCUCUUAA